CGGCGAUGUCCCCGCGGACGGCGAUGUCCCCGCCGCCACCCGCCUGCAGGCCUACGCCUGGUGCCGCGAGUUCCUGGCCGGCUCCUGGAAGCUCAUCGGCCCGGACGAGUUCGGCAUCUGGCCCGUCAGCGGGGGGCUCAGUAACCUGCUGUACAAGUGCUCACUGCCCGAGCACGUGCCGAGCGUGGGGGACGAGCCCCGGCAGGUGCUGCUGCGCGUCUACGGGGCCAUCCUGCAGGGCGUGGACUCGCUGGUGCUGGAGAGCGUCAUGUUCGCCAUCCUGGCCGAGCGCGCGCUGGGGCCGCGCCUCUUCGGGGUGUUCCCGCAGGGCCGGCUGGAGCAGUACAUCCCGGUAGGAUCGGGGAUCCCCCCCCCUGCACCCCCCGUGCCCCAUCCCGGGCACCCCCGAACCCCCGUGCCCCCCCAGAGCCGGCGGCUGCGCACCGAGGAGCUGCGGGAGCCGCGCGUCUCCGCCGAGAUCGCCGUGACCAUGGCGCGCUUCCACGGCAUGGCCAUGCCCUUCAACAAGGAGCCCAAGUGGCUCUUCGGGACCAUGGAGGGGUACCUGCGGCAGAUCUCGGAGCUGACGUUCUCGGAGCCGGCGCAGCUGCAGCAGCUGGAGCAGCUCCGGGGCUACAACCUGGAGCAGGAGAUGAGGAGCCUCAGGGACCUGCUGGAGGCCACCCCGUCCCCGGUGGUCUUCUGCCACAACGACGUGCAGGAGGGGAACAUCCUGCUGCUGGCGGGGCGCGAGGGCUCCUCGGACAGCCUCAUGCUCAUCGACUUCGAGUACAGCAGCUACAACUACCGGGGCUUUGACCUGGGCAAUCACUUCUGCGAGUGGGUUUACAGCUACAGCCGCGAGGGCUGGCCCUGCUUCCAGGCACGCCCCGAGCACUACCCCAGCCGCCAGCAGCAGCUCCAUUUCAUCCGGCACUACCUGCGGGAGCGCAGGGGCGGGCGGGGCCCGGCGCGGCAGGAGGAGGAGGAGGAGGAGGAGGAGGAGGAGGAAGAGCUGCUGCGGGAGAUCGAGCGCUUUGCCCUGGCCUCCCACUUCUUCUGGGGGCUGUGGUCCGUGGUGCAGGCCAAGAUCUCCACCAUCCACUUCGGGUACCUGGACUACGCCCAGAGCCGUUUCCAGGCUUAUUUCCAGCACAAGGCUCGCUGCUCCUGAGGGGAUCCCCCAAAUCCUGCCCCCCCCAGACCCCCCCCCGCCCCUUGGGGGGGCGUUGGGACGGUUUGGGGGGGUUCAUAACGGUUUGGGGGGGCCCUGACAUUUUGGGGGGGGGGCACCACAACGGUUUGGGGGGGGCUGAGACCCGGGACCACCCCCACCCCCGCGGGAAGGGUGGGAUGUGGGGGCUGUGGGGACCCCCAAAUCCGCACCCCUGGCCAGUAUCGGGGGUUUGGGGUGGGUCUGCGGGGGUUUUGGGGUGUCGCAGAGGGGGUGGGGGACCCCUGUUUGUACCUCAGUGCCCCCCGCGCCCCCCGCCCGCAGCUCUGGGGCUCCCGGGGCCCCCCCGUUCCGACAGCAGAAUGUAAAAGUCAGACCAAUAAAGCCGCGCUGGGGCCGGCGCUCGAGUCCUCCUUCCCAAA